AUGUUCAAGGCUCAACUUCUCGCAGGAUUGCUCUUAAUCUGCCUUUGCACCAGUUCAAUGGCUCGUGUUCUCAAGUGGCAACCGGUCAACUUUAACCGUGGUGUACCAUCGUGGCGCACUUCUCAAAGAUCUCGACAGGUGCAAGGAUAUGGUCCGUUGUCCGCAUUUGCUGAUAAUGGUUCAUCUCGUCCCUUAUUCUUUGGAUCAUGGCGCAAACGAUAUGACACACUCGAAUAA